UGACGUCACUGCCGCCCGUGCCCCCGCCCCCCGGUUAACCCGCGCCGCUCGCGCCUCGCGGCCUCUUUCCGGCCGCGCGCGCCAAGAUGGCGGACACGCAGACGGAACGCGCGUACCAGAAGCAGCCGACGAUCUUCCAGAACAAAAAGCGAGUGCUGCUGGGUGAGGGCGGCAAGGAGAAGCUUCCCCGCUACUACCGCAACGUGGGGCUGGGCUUCAAGACCCCCAAAGAGGCUAUUGAGGGCACCUACAUCGACAAGAAGUGUCCCUUCACUGGGAACGUCUCCAUCCGGGGCCGCAUCCUCUCAGGUGUGGUGACCAAGAUGAAGAUGCAGCGCACGAUUGUGAUCCGCCGCGAUUACCUGCACUACAUCCGCAAGUACAACCGCUUCGAGAAGCGCCACAAGAACAUGUCUGUGCACCUGUCCCCAUGCUUCAGGGACGUGCAGAUCGGGGACAUUGUGACGGUGGGCGAGUGCCGCCCGCUCAGCAAGACCGUGCGCUUCAACGUGCUCAAGGUGACCAAGGCCGCAGGCACCAAGAAGCAGUUCCAGAAGUUCUGACACCUGUGGGGAGAGGUGGGGGAGGAAUAAACAUUGGGAACAUGGAAUUA